UUAAUACGGCAGUGGCAUAAAAUCGUAAUUAGUGGAGAGGAGAAAGGGCUAUUUGGGGAAGAACUAAGUCUGAAUAAAUCUACAGAUCCACCACUCAGGAGAGAGAGAGAGAGAGAGAGACUCAGUACCAAUUUCUCUGACGCGCUUCCUUCUCCGGUGUCUCAUCAUCACGUCCGGCGGAUUCCGAGAAAACGAAGAGCUAAAGGAUUUUUGAAAUCAUGGAGAGCUUCUGGCAACUGGGUGAUGAGCUACGAGGUCAGACUCAGUCAAGAGCAUCAGAGGAUCACAAAUGGUCCACUGUUGCAACCAAGCUCGCUGAGCAGACCCGGAUGAAAGGUGAACGGUUCAACAACCUCGAUCUCUCCAAAGCUGGUGGUUACUCCGACAAGUUUAGUUUCCAGGACAAUAACAACAACAUGCUGAACUUGGGUGGUAAAUACGGCAAGGCUUCGAUGCAGAGCAAUGUUUACAACAUGAAAGUUAACAAGUACAAUGGUAAUGUUGUUGCUAACAAAGAGCUGAGCAACAACAGCAAUGAUAAUAAUGCUGUUGACAAGAGGUUUAAGACUCUGCCUGCUUCGGAGACGCUUCCGAGGAAUGAAGUUCUUGGAAGGUACAUCUUUGUUUGCAACAACGAUACCAUGGAGGAGGAUUUGAAACGCCACCUGUUUGGUUUGCCUCCAAGAUACAGGGACUCUGUGAGGGCAAUAACACCUGGGUUGCCUCUGUUUCUUUACAAUUACACCACUCACCAGCUCCACGGUAUCUUUGAGGCAACAACUUUUGGAGGUACUAAUAUUGAUGCCACGGCUUGGGAAGACAAAAAGUGCAAAGGAGAAUCAAGGUUUCCGGCUCAGGUAAGGAUCAGAGUGAGGAAAAUCUGCAAAGCCUUGGAAGAGGAUUCCUUCAGGCCUGUUCUUCACCACUACGAUGGUCCUAAAUUCCGCCUUGAGCUCUCUGUUCCUGAGACAUUGGACCUGCUAGAUCUCUGCGAACAAGCUGGUUCUCCAUAAGGCCGAUCAACCUUGCAAUACCACGUUGGGAAGGAGCAUAUUGGUGUUUUGUCUGAAAUCUAUAUAUAUAUAUAUUACCGUAAGAGCGUAAGCUUGUGGGAUUUAGUUAAGAGUCGAAAGGGAGGAGUGUGUGCAGUCUUCAAGGCAAGCAAAAGGGUGAAGAGACUCUGCCGAAUAAGGGACUACUCUUGUUCUUGUUGCGUCUAAUGUGUGAGUUUGUUUGUCUGUGUGUUGUGUUGUGAGAGAUUUGAUAGCUCUUUUGAGUUAUAACAAAAGGUUUCUGUAGAAGAAUAUAUAUAGAGAGAAAGUGAGAGAGUAAACACAGAGCCAAACCAAUGGUAUGAGCUUCUGUUUGUGUUUGCUUGUGUAAGGGAGAACCUAAAUGGGAAGUUAUAACUUUUAAACUUCCGAGUC